CUGUGAGUGUGCACAGUUCUCAUCAAUGCUUUUUGGGGUGUGUCAGCUGUAGGUAAAGGGGUAACCCACUGGCUGUUAAGGCCAAAAAGACUUGAAUGUGUGGAGCAUCAGGGCUUCUAACACUGGGCUGGCUGUUUGGCUUGUCUACCAUGGGCUGGGCAGUGCUAGACAUGUCCAGGCUGGGUUGUAGCUACUGAGCACUCUUAGCUGCUCUUUUGAGUCUGGGCCACCAAAGCAAGUGUUGAAGUAAGGGAUUGUCUGUCUGUGUGCUGUGUGUCCUGGAAAGGAGAGACUUUGACAAGGCAAGGAAGGUCUGCUUGCCAGCCCUGACUAUAGCAGGUCCAUUCCAGGUGUUUGUUACCACUGAGCACCAAAAUCCCAUGCACCCUCCCAUCAUCAGAUUCUCCUGCAGCCCAUUUCUGGACCAAGCAUUGGUCAAAUCAGGGACGUCAUGGAGGCAUAGUAAGGCCCUUGGCACCGGUGUGAGGGUACAACACACAGCCUAAAUCUCUGUGCAGACCUGGGUUUUUGUUUUGUCUGUUCUCAUGUCUAGGAGGAAAAGCAGGAAGAGAGGAAAAACUCUGUGGGAGACUCUGCCAUGAGCAAUCUGGAGGCUGAGGCGUGGAAUGGGAGCCAGCACGGUGCCAGUGAGGAGAAGAAAGAAGGCUGGUCUUGGGCGUCCUACUUGGAGGAGCAGAAAGCUGUCGCUGCCCCUUUAGAUCUCUUCCAGGAUUACCAAGUAGCUUCCCAGCACAAGAAUGGCUUUAAAGUGGGGAUGAAGCUGGAGGGGAUUGACCCACAGCACCCAUCUAUGUACUUCAUCCUGACCGUGGCUGAGGUGUGUGGUUACCGGAUGCGCCUCCACUUUGAUGGCUACUCCGAGUGCCAUGAUUUCUGGCUGAAUGCUGACUCCCCCGACAUCCACCCUGCUGGUUGGUUUGAGGAGACAGGGCACAAACUCCAGCCCCCCAAAGGGGUUGUAGGUUAUAAGGAAGAAGAAUUCAGCUGGACAAACUACCUGAAGUUAACAAAGGCUCAGGCAGCUCCUAAGCACCUCUUCUUAGUCCGAAACACUCACGAGGCUUCUUCCGGCUUUGAGGUGGGCAAGAAGCUCGAAGCUGUGGACCGCAUGAACCCUUCCCUGAUCUGUGUUGCCACAGUGACUGACGUGGUGGACAAUCGCUUUUUGGUGCACUUUGACAACUGGGAUGAUACUUAUGACUACUGGUGUGACCCCAGCAGUCCAUACAUCCACCCAGUUGGAUGGUGUCAUGAGCAUGGCAAACCCCUCACACCUCCUCAAGAUUAUCCUGACCCUGACAACUUCACCUGGGAAAAGUACUUGAAGGAAACUGGAGCGUCUGCUGUCCCAGCUUGGGCCUUUAAAGUGCGCCCACCCCAUGGCUUCCUGGUCAACAUGAAGCUGGAGGCAGUGGACAGGAGGACUCCUUCCUUCAUCCGAGUGGCCAGUGUGGAGGAUGUGGAAGAUCACAGGAUAAAGAUCCAUUUUGAUGGCUGGAGUCACAUCUAUGAUUUCUGGAUUGAUGCGGAUCAUCCAGACAUCCACCCCAUAGGCUGGUGCUCAAAAACAGGACACCCACUGCAGCCUCCUCUCAGGCCAAAGGAACCAACCUCCUCUACUCAUGCAGGCUGCCCAACCCUGGGCUGCAAGAGCAUCCCUCACACCAAGAGUUCAAAGUACAGCUUUCACCACAGGAAGUGCCCCACACCGGGCUGCGAUGGGUCAGGACACGUGACGGGGAGAUUCACGGCCCAUUACUGCCUCUCAGGGUGCCCGCUGGCAGAGAAGAACCAGGGCAGGCUGAAGGCUGACUUGUCCGACACCGAGGCCUCAACUCGCAAGAGGAACCUGAUGGGCUUCUCUCAACGAAAGAAGUCUCGGCACCACGGGAGAGGGAGACCUCCAAAGUACCGGAAGAUCCAGCAGGAAGACUUCCAGACUAUUUCUUCAGACAACAUGCACCAGUCUCUCUUCAUGUCCGCCCUGUCUGCCCACCCCGACCGUUCCCUGUCUCUGUGCUGGGAGCAGCACUGCAAGCUGCUGCCAGGGGUGGCUGGCAUCACAGCAGCCAUGGUGGCCAAGUGGACCAUUGAUGAGGUGUUUAGCUUUGUUCAGACUCUGACGGGUUGUGAGGACCAAGCCAAGCUCUUCAAGGAUGAGAUGAUCGAUGGUGAGGCGUUCCUCUUGCUGACGCAGGCUGACAUAGUCAAGAUUAUGAGUGUCAAGCUGGGCCCAGCACUCAAGAUCUACAAUGCCAUCCUCAUGUUCAAGAACGCUGAUGACACCUUAAAGUGACUUUUCUUGGCCCGAUCAGGACCCUCCCUCAGCAUUGGUGCUGCCAAACUGUCUGGUCAGGACAGAGAUCCCCCCAACCGACCACAGCUUGUCAUGUCCUGCUCAUGUCCUUUCAGAUGCCACAUGUCUGCUCUCUUACCACUCCCUCUCCCAUCUUCUUCCCUCCACACUGCCCUUUUCUUCCAGUGCUGGGUACAGGCUGACCCCAGGCCUCAGAGGUGGCUGCAGGGAUGGAGGGUGGACAUGGGACUGGCCUAUCUGAGCACCACAGAUGCCCCCAUGUCUUGCUGUGACUGCACUGGUUCAGAAGGUGUUGAGGGAUGAGGGACCACUGUGGAGGGUGUAACAGCUGGGGACUGAAACCACUACGCCACUCACCCAGACAUGGGAAGGGACUGACUGCCUGUGUCUGUGCUCGCAACCAUUGAAGGGCUGUUCUUGCCUUUGCUCAGCAGCUGAGAGAGAUUUGGUUUUUUUCCCUUACUAUGAUCCUGUGGCGGGGCUUGUGCUGACACCAUUCCCAAGGGACACUCCCAAGGAGCUUCUCCUCAUUUUGCCUUUUUUUCUGAAUUCUUUUGACUUUUUAAGGCCAGAUGAUGACUUUGCUUUGCCCCUUCGCUGCACUGGAAACCAGCGGCCACCUCUUGCCCCUUCAGGAAUCAGGUGUCCUGGCUACUGCUCUGCCCACGACCAGCGCCUGUGCUCUGUUCUUCUUUCCUGUAAUGCAGCAGCCUUAGGGCCCUGUGGGGCCAGGGCUGGCUGGGGGCAGAACAGGCUCUGUUUCUUCUUGAGCUUCAGACUGUUUUGUCCAGCACUUCUCCAGGAGAAAGGAUGCUUGGAUAACUUGUUCCCCUCACAGCA